UUGAAUAAAGGAAUGGCUCAUUUUAAAAUUUCCGCACCAGCAAGAAUUGUCUUAUCUGGAGAACACUCGGCGACGUAUGGAAAAAAAAUGGUUGUGGCUGGUUUAAGCCUUCGCACCAGACUCGAAUUCUGUGAAUUGUCUGCAUCAGAAAGUAUUAUUUCGAUACAUUUUCCUCGGGUGGGGCUGAAGAAAGAUAUACCUCUAGAAAUUGUAGAAAACUACUUUUUUAAUAAAAAUAUCUCAGCAAUUCGGGAGAAUCCAAUCGAUUUUCUUCGAUACGUGGCAUACUUUAUCACCAUGCAUCGUUUGUGGAAGACAUUCGAGCAGAGAUUUAGCUUACUUGUAUUCUUUUAUCUGUUUUAUUUUUGUACUUACGAUUUCGAAAAAAAAUCGCCUUUUCGGAUUUCGGUGACUACUGAAAUACCUCUUGGAAAUGGUCUUGGCAGUUCGACAUCGUUUGCUGCAUGUCUGACAGGAUGUUUUCUUCAUUGGAGGUAUCUACAAAAUGGUAAUCAUAUUACAUUUACCCCUGAAGAUUUGGCGACUAUUCAACGUUAUACUCAGUGUUGUGAAGAUUGUAUGCAAGAAUAUGUAUUUCCCACGAUCGAUGCCGAAACUUGCAUUUACGGUCAAAUACGAUCUUACCAAUGUAUGGAUUUUAAACAUUUUGUUACGCAUGUCACACAUAUAAAAACAAUAAAGGUGCUAAUAAUCGGAACAAAUAUUCGUCAAGAUAAAAAGGAGCGAGCACUACAAAUUGCAGUGCUGAAAUCUAAAGCUUUGAAUUUCGAAACUAUCAUGAAUUCAUUACACGACGAUGCACGAACAAUAUAUGAUAGACUUGUACAUAUUCACCAACUUCGUUACAUCAGAAAUCCUAUUUAUCAUGAGAAAGCUUACAACAACUUACAGUUAGACAUUAUAAAGAAUCAACAAUUAUUGAAAAAAUAUCAUUUGUCGCAACCGGACUUUGAUACAAUUUCGGAGAUUGCAAGUCAGUUCCAAUACGGAGCUAAACUUACAGGUUUUUCAGGCGGAUUUGCAUACAUUAUGUUACGACCAAAUCUCACAACAUUAGAAAUCAUACGUUUACGAGAACAGUUCUCGAAUAGAAGUUUCAGAACCAGAAUUGCUACUUUCGAUCUUCAUGGUCUGAGAAUUGAUAUUUAAUUCUAUUAACCUUAUAGCAAUUAUACAUAAAUAAUUCAAUAA